AUGUCUCGGCACCCGCUAAACAUGGACACGUUCGAUAUUGCGGAGGCACCUAUAUCUGUUCUGUCCCAAGCUCUUAAAGAUGGUCUCAUUACUGCCGUCGAACUGGCAGCCGAGAGUCUCAAUCGAAUCAGCCACUUCGACUGUCGAGGUCCUUCCUUAAAUUCGACUCCCGUGCUCAACCCCUCCGUCUUCAACGAAGCAGCGGCGUCAGAUGAAAGACGCGCACGAGGCGAGCCUGCGAGUCCACUCGAUGGCAUUCCAUGCACAGUCAAGGAUAGCUACAAGAUACGUGGCAUGAGUGUCGCUAGUGGUUCUCCAGCUCUGCAAGACUUGAUUGCAAACGAAGACUCUUUCGUUGUACAAAGACUUCGAGAAGCAGGAUCUGUCAUACUUGGGAAAACCGUCACUUGUCCAAUGAUGUACGGAGGUUUACAAAGAGGUGUUCAUGGACGAUCAGAGAACCCCUACAACAAGGAUUGGUUGUCUGGCGCUUUCGCAUCUGGUUCUUCACAUGGUAGUGCAGUAUCAACGACUUCUUCUAUGGUGGCCUUUGGUUUAGGUUCAGAGACUGUGUCGUCAGGACGCUCGCCAGCUUCGAACAAUGGUCUUAUUGCAUAUACCCCUUCUCGCGGCCUGAUUUCUGUGCGUGGAAUCUGGCCACUGUACCCAACGGCGGAUGACGUCUGCACUCAUACUCGCACCAUGGACGAUCUGUUUGAGUUGCUUGAUGUUAUCACUGCAGAAGAUUUCACAAUCCAGGGUGACUUUUGGCGUUCACAAAACUUCGUCGAUGUCCCGACCUCGUGGUCGAGUCGUCCUCAACCGUUCAAGUCGCUUGCAAAAGACACUUCUUUGGCAGGCUUGCGAGUAGCAGUUCCCUCCUGCUAUAUUGCCGGCCCACAACUUGCUCAUGUCCAACCAGUCUUUACUUCACCUGCAGUCGUCUCGCUAUGGGAGCAGGCACGAGCCGAUCUCGAAGCACAAGGAGCGGAGGUAAUUGUCGUGAAUGAGUUUCCUUUAGUCCAAGGCUACGACGCUCCAGACUCUUUAUCCGCCCUUGGAUACUCCGACUUUCCCAGAUUACCUAAAGACUGGAACAGUGUCGAGCGCGGCCCACUAAUAGCUCUGGCAUGGGAUGCCUUCCUACGUGGAAACGCAGAUCCGAAAUAUCCAAGCCUUCAUGCCGUCGACGCUACUAAACUAUUUCCAGCAGUGCCACCAGAUCAUCCGCAGAUCGCUUACGCGGAGCCCACAAAUGCUAUACAUUGGACUAAAUUGACGUCUCACCUCGACCGAGAUGUCAAUUCAGAGACCGCGUGGCAAUCGUUGCUCAACUAUCCUGGUCUGAAGGACGCCUGUCGAACUCUCGAGUCAAUGCGCAAACACUUCCUCGAGGACUGGAUGACUUGCAAUAGGUACGAUGUGGUUGUAUUUCCUGCUGCCGGUGAUGUUGGGAAAGCCGACGCAGAUAUCUCUCAUGAAUCUGCUAAACACGCGUGGACGAACGGUGUAAAGUACAGCAAUUGCAAUCGAUCUUUCCGUCACAUGGGUGUGCCCAGCGUUACUGUGAAUAUGGGCUUGUUGGAAGAGAAGAACGUACCUAUGGGUCUGACUUUCUGUGGCCCGGCAUAUUCGGACGAAAAGUUGUUGAGUUGGGCCAAGGCAUUCGAGAGCAUUAGAAAUCGAAGACAAAGACCUCACUUGACGCCAUCACUACCAAGGCUGAGUAAGUUGAGCAAGCUCAAGAGCAACAACGAACGUUCUCCAGAGUUGUCAAUUACCAAUUUUGCGGUGAAGGCAGCUGAAAAGUCGACAGUGGAUGGUCAGGAGCAAGUCACAGUAAAUCUUGGCGGAUCGAUUAAAGUCAUUUCUCCUAGUAGUGGAGACAAAACAGAAGUGGUAGUUGAGGUGUUCUUGAAUGGCGAGAGAAUACCUGAUAGCGACCUCAACACAAAAGUACCUGAGUCGGAUGCUGACCAGUCGUCGAGCCUGACGUUCACCUUCACAGCCAGCAGUCAGACACCAGCUCCACCACAAUUUGAUGCUCGCGAAAAGACUGAAGCGACGGUGGCGAGAGAUCAGACCAUGGCAAUGGUGCUGGCAUGGAUAGUUAACAAGAAGACGGGGACGAAAUCAAGACCAAGUGGGUGGUAUGGACUUGGUUAG